CAGAGCGUGUGGUGCACGGCCUGCAUUUCUACAGGGCAAAGGCUACAGCUUUCUUACAAAGACCUCGAGUUACGAGUCGGUGCAAGCUUACUUCGCCAGGCCUGGAAAAAAAGGAGGAUCUAGGGAAGGCUCUGGAGGCGCUACCACCAAGACCAAAUUCAUCAAUCUACUUGUUCCACGCUACAAGCCUGCAAUCAGCCCUUUUCCUGCUUCAGCACGGCAUUAGCUUGGAAGCCUCACUCGACGAGUCAGACUUUGGCCGCGGGUUCUACUUGGCGGAUAGCCUGGGCGACGCGGUCGAUUUCUUAAGGAAGAAGCCAGACCUCUUUGAGAACCUGGCCGUCCUAGUUUUCGACGUUCCCCGAGACAUUGUUUUCAGCAAGUCGUGCUUGGACCUGUCUCAUGAGAGCAAGCUUAGCUCCUGGAAGGCCAUAGUUAGCAGUUUUAAGCAGGACCUAUACCGGUCGGUAAAAUUCUACGAUUACUACAGUAUCUACGGGCCGAUAUCCCUGAACGCCUUCCGCGCAGCCAACGGUGAAGAGCCGGUGCCGGCGGGGGACACGAAGCGCAGACCAUUACAGUUGGCCAUAAAGCAGCCAUGCUUUGCCAAGACAGUUCUGGACUAUCUGGAACGCCCCCCCUGAGUUGCCGCUCACAGACGCCACAGGAAUCGACUCCGGCUACUGCGGCUUCGCAAGAAAUGGGACCGUACUCCGCAUCCGUUGAAUACCUGGAAGCUUGCGGCAUCGAUUCUAGCAAGUUUAUGGAGUGGCGGGUCCACGCGGAGGCCGCUGGCCUCGACGAUGACUGGGAGGAUGUGCUACCUGUGUACUUUCGUGCCCAGGCCAAGCGCGCCAAGGAGGACACACUCGGUGAGGAUGCUGUGGAGGACAUGAUCACACUGGGAGUAACCCCGAAGGCGGCGCAGCUGGCAAACCGCAUGGGAUGGACGUAUGGCCACAGGAGCCCCUACACGUGGGCGGAGAUGCUUGUUCGGGGCAUGAUGGCGAGGAGGCGAUGGACGUGAGCCUGUCCGCCUUGAUAGGCUGUAGCAGUAUCGCUAGCACGCAUGUGCCGCUCCUUAAGCAUGGUUGGUGGUAGAGGAUUACCAUACAUGCCAUGUGCAGGCUUACAACCGGGAUGGAGUGUCACACACGACGUUGCCAUGGUUGGUUUGGCAGUUCGGUGCGUACGGAAAGCGCCUGCUGAUGUCAGGUUGCGAAUUACCCUUGUACUUGAAGACGUCGUCUGUACGGUACAUGGCUCAUUGCAGGGAGCCAGGUUAAAAGCUGUUAUGUCGGAGCUGCUGAUGGGUGUUGCAUGGCCCACGAUGGUAGCAGAGGCAUCUUCAGGUGUUGCUAAGAAUGUUUAAUUGCCAGUUGGUAGUCAGCUUCAAGUCGACAUAUUGAUGAGGCCGGUCGGCGUCUGCCGUGACACUCUGGUGUCAAACUUGCAUGCCUGUACAAUAGGUGUGGGGAUAGCGGCGGGGCAGAAGGUUUGGUUUUUCCACUUGAUCAACAUACCGGUGGGAGCCCCCAUGUGUGUUUUCGGUGCCCGGGAGGCUCUUUGGGAGGUGGAGGAUGAGGCAUUGUGUAUGUUGUGCUGCUAGGUAGGCAGCGCUCAGUCGUUCACUGUUUCGGUUGUUCUAUAUACUGUAUGGUAACGGUAUUCUGUGUUCUGUGGAGGCAGCGGUAGCUGUUGACCGGAUAGAGUACACACGGGUGGCGGCGGUGUUGUGGCUCCCCGCAACCGGGGUGCUUGUGACUUGUGGCUUGUGGUCGUGCUCACCUUUCUUUCAUGCUGUUGCAGUACACAUGACCGACGUGCCGUUGUACGGCACAUGCGUGGUAUGCAUUAUAUAGCUCGUAAAGCAUUGCUAAUUGAUGGGCAACUGGCGUGAUGAUCUCGUGAUGGGGACUGCUAUGUAUGGACAGCUGUGGAGUUCCGUGCAUGUGCGCAAGCUGUGGUGUGGGGUUCCGUGGAGGCUUCUUCGGAUUUAGGCUAGCUAGGCAGGAGCUCGGAACGUCGGAAGGGGGUGGGGUUUGUGUGUUAAAAUAACUCGCAUUAAUACUGUGUGUGUAUUAAUACUGUGUGUGUAUUAAUACUGUGUGUGUAUUAAUACUGUGUGUGUAUUAAUGACCGUUGCAGCGAUUCCCUAGAAGGGUAAACGGGUGAUGAACCCAACCCUACCCGCUACAAGAGAGACGGAACACGCGUGGGGAUGCAGGGAACUGCGGGAAGUGACAGGGUAUGUGCAGUGUACGUGUUGCGUCAACUAUGCUCCGUGUAACACUGCUUGACGAUAGCUGUCGAAGAGAAUGAGAGCCACUUCGCACCGGUGGCUGCUAGUUGGGUGUGUGUGUGUGUUUGGUUCAACUAAGGUGGCUGAUCCGCAGCACUGACAGUGACCUUGCCACCCGGCAUAUGCGUGGGUUAAGAAAACUGGCCAUAUGCGUGGGUGCAUGAAUGACCGUUACAAUGCGUGGGUGCUUAUGUCCGCAACAGUGGCGAGAUGUCACCAGAACUGCUGGGAGCUGGUGCACUGGUGGAUGGGGUGGUGGCCCUUGCUUUCUGCAGCUGAUGUUGCUGCCAAGCAAGGAAGAGAGGAGGACCGCCACUCUGCUGCUGAUGAUGAUGAGCUCUGUCUGUAA